AUGCAGUUUCUGGAGGGUUAUAAUCCGGACACACAGUAUGGGCACGUUCAGUCAAGGCUGGACAAGUUAGAGGAAUCUUGGGAAGAAUUCAACGAGUUGCAAGAAGAGAUUUGCGAGUUGGAUACAGAGGGUGAGCUUGAGCAGGAUACGAAUAAUGCGUUUGCAGUAUUCGAAAAUCAGUAUUACGAGAUUCGUGCUGCUGUGUUGGGGAAAUUGGUACCUGCCCAACCAGUACCAAAUUUGGAUAACUCCAUUCGGAACACAAGUGCAUUGGGAAUGCACACGGGGGUUCGCUUGCCACAAAUAUCGUUACCUGAGUUUGAUGGGGAUUACAAAGGGUGGCUGUCAUUCAAGUCCACCUUCGUCUCGCUCAUUCAUGACUCACUGGAGCUCAGCGAUGUGCAGAAAUUUCAUUAUUUGAAAUCUGCCUUGAAAGGGGAGGCGGCCAAGUUGAUCGAGUCGUUAACAAUCACUAACGACAACUACGCCAUAGCAUGGGAUACUAUCACGAAGCGGUAUUCAAAUGAGUAUCUGUUGAAGAAACGGCAUCUUCAGGCACUCAUGGAAUUCCCAAAAAUUGAUAAGGAAUCGGCGGUGCGGAUUCACGGUUUGGUGGACGAAUUCGAUCAACGACUAAAGAUAUUAAAGCAGCUGGGCGAAAAAACCGAACACUGGGGAGCGAUGAUUGUGCAUUGGAUGUGCUCGAAGCUGGAUAAUCACACUUUGCAACUAUGGGAGGACCACGCGGCAUCACUACGAGAUCCAACUUUCACAGCGUUGACGGACUUUUUGGAGAAGCGGACGAGGGUUUUGGAUGCUGUACAAUCAAACUGUAGUAAGGCCAUCAGCGUGCAGCCGAAGGUGUUCGUGAAACGUGAACGGUUAGCAGUACAUGCGUCAAUGGAAAGUGGGAGAAGUGAUCCUUUGUGUCAAUGCUGCGGUGAGCAGCAUUAUUUGGUGAAGUGUUCGAAGUUCCAGAGUUUCGGGCUGAAGGAGAAAUUGGACUUUGUCAACAGCAAGCGGUUGUGCAGCAAUUGUUUCAAGUCCGGUCACUGGGUUCGGGAUUGCAGUUCGAAGUUCAGCUGCAGGACGUGCGGAAAGAAGCAUAACUCCCUCAUUCAUCCUGGGUUUCAAUCCAACAGCGGAAGCAACGACUCCGAGGGCAAUACUCCGGCUGGCAACUCAACAAGGAAGAAUAAUGCAACUAGGUCGCAUGUUGUAACGGAAUCAGUGGAGGAUAAUCAAAGGGAAGCAGAGGAAAAUGGGUCGACUGGAUCGUAUAGCAUUGGAACGAAGCAGGGAAGCGUAGGUUCAAGCGUGUUUCUGUCUACGGUGCUGGUAAAGGUACGCGAUCAGUACGGGGGAAGCCAGCUGGCUCGUGCGUUGCUGGACAGCGGAUCGCAGGUGAACGUGAUGAGUGAGAGACUAUGCCAAAUGCUCAAACUCAAGCGGCGAACAAUAUGUGUUCCAAUAACAGGAGUUGGACAAUCGGAAUCUACAGCGAAACAUGCCGUCAGCGCAACGGUGAGUUCCAGAACCACGGACUACACUGUUGGAUUGGAUUUCUUGGUGUUGCAACGAGUGACUGCAGAAUUACCUUCGACAACAGUUCCGAUUUGUCAUUGGAAAAUCCCAAAUAAUCUCCAACUGGCAGAUCCUCAGUUCAACGUCAGUGGCCGCAUCGAUCUAUUACUUGGCGUUGAACACUUCUUCAACUUUUUGUACGAGAGGGAGAUGAAACGGAUUUCUCUGGGUCCCGAGUUACCCGUGCUCGUAGAUUCGGUAUUUGGAUGGAUCGUGGCUGGCAGGGAUGCAAGUCUGCAGCAGAAAGUAUCAGUUCGUUGCUGCACGACAACUACGGUCGGGAAUCUGGAAGAAUUGCUGGAACGGUUCUGGAAGGUGGAAAGCUGUGACGAUCAACCGGCAUGGUCAAAGGAAGAGCAGGAUUGCGAAGAGGACUUUAAGCGUACUCAUUCGAGGGCGCAGGAUGGACGAUACAUCGUACAGUUGCCAAAGCAUUUCGGCUUCGAACGGAUGUUGGGCAAUUCGGAAGUUUCAGCGCUGGAAAGAUACCGGAAACUGGAAAACCGUUUGGAAAGGAACUCUACCAUGAAGGAUCAGUAUCACGCAUUCAUGAGAGAAUACCUGGAAAUGGGACACAUGAGGAGGAUAUCGGAAGCGGAAUUACAAGCAGAAGCUACGGGAACGGGUCAACGGAAGGUUUUCUACUUGCCGCACCACGCGGUACUUAAAGAAGCAAGCACAACGACCAAGGUGCGCGUCGUCUUCGAUGCGUCGGCGCAAACGGACAACGGCUACUCUCUCAACGACGUACUACUGAAGGGGCCCGUAAUUCAGGACGAUCUUUUGAAUCUGCUUAUUCGCUUUCGCAAGCACGAAGUGGCACUUGUGGGAGAUGUGGAGAAAAUGUACAGGCAGGUGCGGCAGGACGACAACGACACUCUUCGUCUUCGAAUAUUUUUUCGCUUCUCCAUAGACGAAUCAAUUGACAGCUACGAGCUGCUUACCGUGACGUACGGGCUGAAACCAUCAUCAUUUUUGGCAACCCGUGCUCUAAAACAGUUAGCUGUCGAUGACGGCUCGGAGGACUCCCCAGCAAGCGCUGCGUUGGAAAAGGAUUUUUACGUGGACGACUACAUCGGAGGUGCCACAUGCGUGGAGGAAGCCAUCGGUCUGCGCGAAGAAUUAACGUCGUUGAUGGCGAAAGGAGGAUUCCCAAUACGGAAAUGGUGCUCGAAUCGCCCAGAAGUCUUGGCUGGAGUACCGGAAGACCAGUUGGGAACAAAUCUUUCCAUAACCUUUGAAUUGCACCCCCACGAAAGGAUCAAAACCCUUGGGAUUAUUUGGGAGCCGAAAGCUGAUCAACUUCGGUUCCUGUUCAGCACGGACGAUCAUGAAGGAACAUGGACUAGGAGGAAGAUUUUAUCUUCAAUUGCCAAGCUGUUUGAUCCGCUUGGAUUGAUUGCUCCUGUAGUGGUAACUGCCAAGAUAAUCAUGCAGGAGCUGGCUUUACUGCAAACCGGAUGGGAUGCUCCGGUGCCAUCACAUUUGGAGCAGAAAUGGAUAAUUUUCUAUCGCUGUUUAGACAAGCUGGCCAAAUACAGCAUCCCAAGAUUUGCCUUUAUUACGGAUUACGUCGACGUACAGUUCCACUGCUUCGCCGACGCCUCGGAAUUUGCGUACGGAGCUUGCCUAUACGUUCGCUCUGCCGAUAGCUACGGGAACCGGCUGACAAUACCGAGAUUAGAGCUUUGUGCAGCCAGAGAAGCUGCACGUCUGCAUCAGACCGUUGUCAAGGCUCUGGCACUGGACGACGUUCAAUCCUUUUUCUGGUCGGACUCAACCGUUGUUUUGCACUGGUUGAAAGCUCCACCAAAUACGUGGAAAACAUUCAUCGCCAAUCGUGUUUCCAGUAUUCAAACUACAACAUUUGGACAUUCUUGGCAGCAUGUAGCCGGGAAAGAGAACCCGGCCGAUUUAGUUUCUCGAGGAGUUCCUGUAGAAGAUUUUUUGAAGAGCGACCUUUGGAGAAAUGGACCCAUUUGGUUGAAGGAAACACCGGCUACCUGGAUGAUCGAAGCUUCCGAACCUCUCCCGAAUGAAGUUGAUUUGGAACCUCCCAAUGGGGCAGCUCCCAUCCGUCCGAGUACGCCCAGCUCGACCGUUCCUCAUAACUGGUGUCGACUACUGCGGACCCUUCUAUUUGAAGCCCCCCACCGGCGAGCCGCUCCACCGAAAGUUUACAUCUCUGUUUUUAUAUGCUUCACGACAAAGGCCAUUCACCUUGAGCUUGUCAUGGACCUCUCGUCAGCCGGAUUCAUCUCUGCGCUUCGUAGAUUCAUCGGCCACCAUGGAAUCCCGAAAGAAAUCCAUUCCGACAAUGCGACAAAUUUUCAAGGUGCGAAGCAUGAGCUACAUGAUCUGUACAAACUUUUGAACAGCAAGUUAGGACAGACUGUUAUUGGAAGCGAAAUGUCCCAGCAAGGAAUCUUGUGGCAUUUUAUUCCUCCCCGUGCUCCCAAUUUUGGAGGACUUUGGGAGGCAGCAGUCCGCUCCUCCAAAACCGCUCUGAAAAAGGAGAUUGGGUCACACCAGCUGACUCAUGAAAACUUCUGCACCCUUCUGGUACAAAUUGCAGCUGCCCUCAACUCAAGACCUCUUUGCCCUUUGUCAGAUGACCCCACUGACCUGAAUGCCCUCACACCAGCCCAUUUCUUAAUCGGGACGUCAAUGAAAGCCCUCCCCGACCCCGAUUUCACAGUCAUACCCUCGAACCGCCUGACCCACUAUCAGCAACGACAGCAGAUGUUUCAACGCUACUGGCAGCGCUGGAGCCAAGAAUAUCUCACCGGACUUCAGCAAGCGACCAAGCACAUUCAACCAAGCCCCAUCCGCACUGGUAGCAUCGUGGUAGUUCGAGAAGACAAUAUACCUCCGCUGGACUGGCCAUUAGCCAGAAUAACUGAGUCAAACUGUACCAUAGGAUCAGCUACGUCAUCACACCACGGCACGCUUGCCAAUCUUCCGCUCGGAAUCCUGUUCCUCGACACAUUCGUGCUCGGACCGGAGGGAUUCACCAUUGCGUGCAAACCAUCUAGGAAUGCACCACAAGAUUGGCAACUUUCACCGAAAAUGCAACACUACAACACGUCAUCAUCACCAACAUCCAAGCCUACAACCAUACCGCCAGUCGAAAGGAUUCCUGGCCCAAGCUCGGGGGAAUCGAGCGUGUUCGAGGAGCAACUCACGGACUCUUCGGCAGCCGCCAUUCUGCUGUCGCCAUUGUCGAACAUCGAGGUGGUCACCAUCGUCGAGUCGUCGAGCUACGCCACUCCAUCAUCGAGCAUCGCAACACCAAAACCUGCGCAGGUUCUGUCGCAAGGAGGAGGUGAUAAUGAGAGGUUGAUUGGGUUGGGUCCUACUCAUCAGGCCAAGGACGACGAAGCGAGGAGACGAAGCGAAAGAUGA